CCCACUCUGGAGGGGCUACGUGACUCGCGGUGCUGACGGUGCGCAAGUCCGCUUGCUCGGCGUGGUCGAUCGAUCGAGACGAGCCCCCUACUUAAUUCACUCAUCGCGCUCGCUCUCGCCGCUUCGGCCGCGCAAACAAAAACGUGUUGUCUCCAUGUGAGGUGCCUUUCGCGGACAAGAUUGAAGCCUUCCUGCUGUCCCUGCUGCCGGCUGCCCUAGCCCAACGUCUCCGACGAGAUCAAAAAAUGGCCCCAAUCGUCAGCCCUCUGUCCUUCCGCCUGAACCUUGCCGACGUCAAACAAGGCUCCUCUGGCCCGCAAUUUGGUCCAAUGGCUGUCGUCGUCGAAGACUAUGGCCGUACACACCUGGCCAAAAAGCUCGGCAAGUUCCUCAACUGGACCGGCCACCAGGCUAAACAUUUCACCAUGCUAGACGAAAACCUUAAGUGGUUUGAGGAUAAGAAAUUGGCACAGUGCCCAGCCGAGUUUGAGGACAUCUGCAAUUGGCUUUCUAAAGGAGGACCUGCCAUAGCCGUGAUAGAAUGCAGUUCUUCCACCAAGGAACACCGCCCUCAAUUGAGUGAAAUGCUUACCGGUCGCGCCAAAGGAUGCAAGGUGCUGUUUGUUGAAAGCGUUUGUGAUGAAAGCUGUGAUAAUUUCUUCUCAAAGGGCCCUUUUUCUGAGAGAAAAUUGCCAUCAUCCUCUUCUACGGGUUCACCCACUCAAUCAAAGCAACUCAAUGGAUUAAAUCUGCAAAUCAGCAGCAUCAAGCUGUGUGGCCCGGAAGUGUUGGCUCGUCAAAUAAACGGCCACCUUCAGAGCCAAGUGCUCUCUUUUGUCUCUUCGGUUGUCCCAGGAACCAGGACAAUCUACUUCUCCAGGCACGGAGAGAGUGAGAACAACGUCUUGGGUCGUAUUGGCGGAGACACUGAUCUUUCUCCCCGAGGCCACUGCUACGCUCGCACUCUUGGCAGAGAAAUCAAUUCAAUGGAAAUCCCUGAACUCAGGGUGUUUACCAGCCAGCUGAAGAGAACUCAACAAACGGCCGCAUUUAUCAAGGCGAGCAUGGAAAGCCUGGAAGCUCUGAACGAACUGGAAGCUGGUGUUUGUGAAGGCCUGACAUAUGAGGAAAUGCAAGAAAAAUACCCAACGGAGUUUGCCUGGCGAGACCAAGAUAAGCUGCGCUACCGCUAUCCCUGGGGCGAGUCCUAUGUGGACAUCAUGGCCCGAGUGACCCCAGUCAUAAUGGAACUGGAACGGGCCUCCAAUGUCUUGAUCAUCAGCCACCAGGCGGUACUGCGCUGCCUUGUCGGCUAUUUCUUGGGAAAGCUGCCAGACGAGCUGCCUUAUCUUGAUGUACCCCUCCAUACUGUAAUGAAGUUGACUACUGAUGGCAAUGAUAGCACAUUCGAACUGAUUCGUCUUCCCAUAGAGUGUGUAGACACAUACAGACAUAAGCCACAGAACUGUUCGGUGCUCCGCAAGCAAGAAGAGGCGCUAAUCACAGUUCCUUCGCACUAUGAUAGUAUUAACUUUGGUCUGUUGGAGCACUGACUGUCUCAAUUAGACUGAAGGUUGGUUCUCUGUGCUAACUUACUCGUGGCUUUUUAUGGUCCUCUUAGUGAGAUUUACAACAGCUACAUCAAGUCGGAGGAAUGACAAAAAAAAAGUAUGAUGUUUGCUACGAUAGAUUUAUAUUUUUCUGAUGGAAGCAAAUAUGAAACCUAUAAUCGCAUUCAUGUAAAUUUAUUCAAUUAUGCUGGAUGCCUGUCAGAUUGGCUGAUCAAAAAUCAUUAACAUGCUACACAUGAGCAAAUGACUGAAUUUGGGACAUCCCGUACCUGCAGUAGAAUUAUUUUUGUAACACUCCAGCAGUGGUGGUUAAUAUUUGCAACAUUUUUAGCUGAUCUGUAACUUCUAUAAAAAUAUUUAAACUCAACUUCUUGUCUCUUGCAAUAAUUAUUAUAUUUGGCAUGUUUGUAUCUGUUUCUCUUUUUUAAAUCUUCAACAAAUCCUAAAAUAAAUAUACCCAAGUUAUUAAACAGGAAA